UGACGGAUCAGUCCAAAAAGCAAAUUCCUCUAGUCGAGAAAGAUAAAGGAAAGAGGAAUUCAGCUCCAUGGAAAUCCAUGGAUGCUUGGAAAGAGAAGAGGAACUGGGAGGAUGUACUCUCAUCUCCUUUCCGUGUCUCUUCUCGUGUUUCACGUUCACCUGGCAUGAGGAGGAAAAGUGCUGACCGUGCACGUAUGUUGCAUGAUAAACUAAUGUCUCCUGAAAAGAAUUGGAUCUGAAGAGAGAAGCAGAAGAAAAGCAUGCCCGUGCUCUGAGAAUCAAAAGUGAGCUAGAUAAUGAGAGAGCUCAGAAACUUCAUCGUAAUUCUGAAAAGGUGUAUCGAGCUAGUGAAUUUCACGCUGUCCGCAACAUGAAGUUACGAGAAGGAAUAUAUGCUCGUCAUCAACGCAGUGAGUCUCGCCAUGAAGCUUUUCUAGCUCAAGUAGUAAAGAGAGCUGGUGAUGAAAGCAGUAAAGUUAACGAGGUUCGUUUCAUAACUUCCUUAAAUGAAGAAAAUAAAAAACUUAGUUUGCGCCAGAAGCUUCAUGAUUCAGAGUUGAGGAGAGCUGAAAAACUUCAAGUUAUAAGAACUAAACAGAAAGAGGAUAUGGCAAGAGAAGAAGCUGUUUUAGAACGGAGGAAACUCAUUGAAGCUGAAAAGUUGCAGCGUCUUGCUGAGACACAGCGGAGAAAGGAAGAGGCUCAAGUUAGAAGGGAAGAGGAGCGCAAAGCGUCAAGUGCAGCACGUGAAGCAAGGGCCAUGGAACAACUUCGUAGGAAGGAGGAAAGAGCCAAAGCCCAGCAGGAGGAGGCUGAACUUCUGGCCCAGAAAUUGGCUGAGAGACUUAGUGAAAGUGAGCAACGGCGCAAGUUUUACCUGGAGCAGAUACGAGAGAGAGCGUCUAUGGAUUUCAGGGAUCAAUCUUCUCCUUUAUUGCGUCGAAAUCUGAACAAGGAGGGUCAGGGAAGAUCAUCAAUCAACAGUGGUGAUGAUUAUCAAGGUAGCAGCUUCUCAGGCUUAGGAGGGUCUACUUUAGUGGCAAGCAAUGUUACAGCACAACAUUCAAUGAAGCGGAGGAUCAAAAGAAUUCGGCAAAGACUUAUGGCUCUAAAAUAUGAAUUUCCUGAGCCUCCUGUUGGUGCUGAAAAUGCUAGCAUUGGAUACAGAACAGCACUGGGAACUGCAAGGGCAAAGAUUGGAAGAUGGCUUCAAGAACUUCAAAGACUCCGGCAGGCAAGAAAAGAAGGGGCUGCAAGUAUUGGGUUAAUAAUUGCUGAAAUGAUCAAGUAUUUGGAGGGAAAGGAGCCUGAACUGCAGGCUUCUCGCCAAGCUGGUUUGCUUGAUUUCAUAGCUUCUGCCCUACCUGCUUCUCAUACGUCGAAACCUGAAGCCUGCCAAGUGACAAUACACCUUUUAAAGCUUUUAAGGGUGGUGUUAUCUGUGCCUGCAAACAGGAGUUAUUUUCUCGCACAGAAUCUCUUGCCUCCUAUUAUUCCGAUGCUGUCAGCAGCCCUUGAGAGCUACAUUAAGAUAGCAGUAUCCUUGAACCUUUCUGGUAAUGGUAAUUCUCUAUCAAGCAAAACCUCAGCUGAAAAUUUUGAAUCAAUAUCCGAGGUGCUGGAUGGUUAUUUAUGGACUGUGACAACAAUUGUCAGUCAUAUAAGUUCUGAUGAACAACAGCUCCAAAUGCGGGAUGGCUUGCUUGAGCUGUUGAUUGCCUACCAAGUUAUUCAUCGGCUGCGAGAUCUCUUUGCACUUUAUGAUCGGCCCCAGGUGGAAGGGUCACCAUUUCCAUCUUCAAUUCUCUUAAGUAUAAAUUUAUUGGUUGUUUUAACAUCCAGAUCUGAAAUGAAUUGCUCUAUCAAUUGGAAAUAUGUACCUAUUGAAACAGUGGUAGGGAAUGGAAGUGAAGAGGCUAAAUUUCCCGAGGGUGAUAGUACUGAAGAUCUUCCUCCAACUCAGUCCUUGGGAGAUUCUAGACAUCCAUUAUCUGUGCAAAAUGGUGGUACAGUUGUACAUCUACCAGAUGUACCAGAGGAUGGUCUGUUAGAUGAAUCAUGUAUGAUAAAUAAGUCUACUGAGGCAGUAUCCACUGGUAAGGAAAGUGAAAAAGAGCAGCCUAAUAGUUUGGUUGAAGCAAGAAAUGAUAACACAAUCAAGACAGAUGUUCCAGAUGAAACCCAGAAAAUUCCAAGUGAGGAUACUGUGGAGCCUUUUGCAUCACAGAAGGAUGGGAAGCACUUGGUUGAUAAUGGUGCAGUACAAAAGAAUGAAAUCAUCGUGAGCUUGGAACAACCAGUAGCGUUUCUGCUUACUGCUGUAUCAGAGACUGGGCUUGUCAGCCUCCCAUCUCUGUUGACAUCUGUGUUACUGCAGGCAAACAAUAGAUUGUCUUCUGAACAGACCUCAGAUGUCCUUCCCUCUAAUUUUGAAGACGUGGCAACUGGAGUACUGAAGGUCUUGAACAAUUUGGCUCUUUUGGAUCUUAAAUUCAUGCAGAGAACGCUAGCUAGGCCAGACCUAAAAAUGGAAUUUUUCCACUUGAUGAGUUUCCUUCUGUCUCAUUGCACCAGCAAGUGGAAAGUAGCUAAUGAUCAGGUGGGUUUUCUUCUGCUUGAAUCUCUUUUGCUCCUUGGCCACUUUGCCUUGUUCCACCUUGGGAAUCAGGCCGUCCUUCGCUGGGGAAAGAGUCCUACCAUCAUUCACAAGGUAUGCGAUUUACCGUUUGUAUUCUUCAGUGACCCUGAGUUGAUGCCAGUCUUGGCUGGCACCCUGGUUGCUGCCUGCUAUGGGUGUGAGCAGAACAAGGGCGUGGUUCAGCAGGAAAUCAGUACAGAUAUGUUACUCUCCUUGUUACGAUCUUGCAGAAAUAUCUUGCCAGCAGUUAGAUCCAAUUCAAACUUAGACACUUUCCCAGCAGAUGACGUUCCCCUAAGAUCUGGACGUAACAAUUCCAAAAGUAAUAGGAUUUAUUUGGGAAAGGGUGGUGGUUCAGGAAAUGGCAUGAGAAUUGGCAAGAUGAGAAGCCACAGAGAAAGCAAAGUAACAAAGAGUUAUGAAGAGACGGCUCUGAAGCAUAAUCUUCCAGUCUCAGAAACUUCCUCUAUGAUGUUGCAUUGUAGAUUUCCUAUCAGCUUCAUUGAUAGAGCAGAAGACUUCUUUUCCAGUGGGACACCCUGAAUUGGUGAAGUAUGAGCUCGCACGGCGCAUGGAUAGAGUAUCCUUAUAGCAGAGAACAUCUUAGGUGUGUGCGCAUGCUAAAUUUUGUUUCCUUUUUGGCAUUCUGGCAUUCAUUUCUGAGUUGAAACGUUCAAUCUGAAAUUUUCAGAAGUUUCCUCAGAAAAUGAAACUGCAACAGGCUUAUGACAGUUGGCAUGAGGAAUGUAGGCAUCAGUGACAAAGGGUUAUAGCUCUUUUGGCUAGAUAGAGUGAGCUAGUAGGUCAUAUAUAAUUUGCCAAAAAACACGUUACCAAAUUCUAACUUUUCGAAUAUGUGAGUUUUUGAGGGGUUAUUAGGGACGGUCGGGACAUAU